CGCACCGAACAACGCAGCUGUCAAAAUAAGCCUGAUUGGCUGUCACGAACACAAAAAAAAAUCAGAGAGAAAAUUUUGCAUGCCAAGCACACGACUUUGUACAUAUUCCGUUUAUUUCCCCCCCGAAAUUAGCUACUAAAACGCACUUCCUAAAGCAACACGAUGGCACGCGGACACCAGAAAAUUCAAUCGCAGCAGAAAGCACAAGAAAAGGCGGCCAAGCUAAAGAAGCAGCAGGGCCACGGUUUGAGCGAUCAGAUGAAGGCGGCCCAGAAGGCGCUCGUGUUUUCCUGUGCAGUGUGCAAAUCCCAGAUGCCCGAUCCCAAAACGUACAAGCAGCACUUCGAAAACAAGCAUCCCAAAAACGAUCUCCCCGCGGAACUGAAAGACGUCUAAAGCUGGUACGCGCUGUUACGCCUCCAGCCGCGUUACCGUCGCGCGUCGGAACAGCAUGGUGCACGCACCUUCUGUACCGCUCUAUCCAAAGAGUGCCGAGGGGGAUGUGCGCAGGCAAAGCAUUCUUUGUUUAGGGUGAACUUUUUCCCUCCAGUUCUUCUAACCAACCGCGCACAGCAACAAACAGCAGGCGACAGAUGGGGUGUUUGUCGCCCAUGGAUCAGUUUUGAUUUCGAGCCCGAAAUUACUAAGUAGAGAAUUUACUGCACGCAACGUUUAGGGCCAAGGCAUGCUUCUGUUCGGUUUCCUAGGAUACAGCAAGCAGACGCUACAACCAUUACCAUUCUUUAUUAUUCUGAGCAGCAAACUCUUUGAUAAUGUAACGAUAAAGUAAACUAAUAAAGCCGUUGACAUUUUUUGAAUAAG